AUGUGGGAGCAAGGGCGCAUCGUCGAACCCAUCACGGCCACGGCGCCGGCGAGGUGGAAGGAGCUCAACGGCGAGCGAUCGUGGGAGGGGCUGCUGCGGCCGCUGGACCUGGACCUGAGGCGCACGGUGAUCUGGUACGGCGAGAUGGCGCAGGCGACGUACGACGCGUUCAACCACGAGAGUCAUUCGCCGCACGCCGGGCUAUCGCGCUUCGGCAGGAAGCGCUUCUUCGAGCGCGUGAUGCUGACGGGCCACGCCGCCGCGUACCGUGUCACCAGGUUCCUCUACGCCACGUCAUCCGCCCCCGCCGCGCCGGCCGCCGCGUUCGUGAGGGGCCGCCAUCCUCGGCACCGGUGCAGGGAGUCCAACUGGAUCGGGUACGUCGCGGUGGCCACGGAUGCGGGGAAGGCCGCCCUCGGGCGCCGGGACGUGGUCGUCGCGUGGCGCGGCACGAUCCAGGCGCUGGAGUGGGUCGACGACCUUGAGUUCACCAUGGUGCAUCCUAAGGGCAUCCUCGGCGAGGCCGCAGGCGAUGACGCCAUGGUGCACCGCGGCUGGUUCUCCAUCUACACUUGCACCGACCCGGCCUCCACCCACAAUAAGGACAGCGCCAGAGACCAGGUGCUGGCUGAGGUGCAGAAGCUGGUGGACACGUACAAGGACGAGGAGGUGAGCAUCACGGUGACCGGGCACAGCCUCGGGGCGGCGCUGGCCACCCUCACCGCCUUCGACAUCGCCGAGAACGGCUACAACUGCACUGCCUCGGCGACGUUCCCGGUCACGGCGUUUGCGUUCGCUAGCCCGCGCGUGGGCGGCGCCGGCUUCAAGAAGCGGUUCGACACCGCGGCGGCCGCCGGCCUCCGUGUCCUGCGCGUCCGCAACGCCCGGGACAUCGUGCCCAAGUACCCGGCGCUUCGGUACCACGACGUGGGCUACGAGCUGGCCAUAGACACCGGCGUGUCGCCUUACCUUAGGGCGACCGGGGAUGCACGCGUGUGGCACAACCUGGAGUGCUACUUGCACGGUGUGGCGGGUGCGCCGACGGAGGCCGGAGGGGCGUUCGAGCUCGUGGUGGAACGGGACGUAGCGCUGGUGAACAAGUUGUACGACGCCCUGAGGGAGGAGCACGGAGUGCCUGCGGGGUGGUGGGUGCCUUGGAACAGGGGCAUGGUGAAGGGGGACGACGGACGCUGGAGGCUGAUGGACUGCGAAGACGAGGAUGGGGAGGACGCCGUCGUGCCGCCGGCGAACAAGUGA